GCUCCAUCUACAGUGAGUCUCUCAGUCUCCACAGACCACCUCCUGUAACACUGGCUAAAACGUAAAUCGUCAUGUCCACCAGAGCUGUGAAGAGCACCAGCUACUCUGUGAGGCCCUCCUCUGCAGGCAUGGGCUCCCCUCAGAACUUCAGCAGCAGCUCCUACUCCGGUGGGUAUGGCGGUGCCAGACAGAGCUACAGUGUCCGCAGCUCCUACGGGGGCGUUGGCAGCAGCGCCAGGGGCGUUGCAGCAGGUGGUUAUAGGGUAGUUGUGGCUGGGGGGUCUGUGCAAAGACGGGGUGUGAUGGAGUUUGGGUAUGCGGGCAUGGGUGUUGGCGAUGGUAUGGGUGUUGGCGGUGGUAUGGGUAUGGGAGGUGGUAUGGGUAUGGGUGGUGGUAUGGGGGGUGGGAAGAUGACCUGUACGGGACCCCCUCAAAUCACAGCUGUUCAGGUCAACCAAAGCCUGCUGGCACCACUGAACCUGGCGAUCGACCCCAACAUCCAGGUGGUCCGCACCCAUGAGAAGGAGCAGAUCAAGACCCUCAACAACCGCUUUGCCUCCUUCAUUGAUAAGGUGCGUUUCUUGGAGCAGCAGAACAAGAUACUGGAGACCAAGUGGAGCCUCCUGCAGGACCAGACCACCACCCGCUCUAACAUCGACGCCAUGUUCGAGGCCUACAUCUCCAACCUGCAUAGACAGCUGGACAGCCUGGGCAACGAGAAGAUGAGGUUGGAGUCGGACCUGCACAACAUGAAGGGUCUGGUGGAGAACUUCAAAACCAAGUAUGAGGAUGAGAUCAACAAGCGUAACGAGUCUGAAAACAAUUUUGUUCUCCUGAAGAAGGAUACAGAUUCUGCAUACAUGACCAGGAUGGAGCUGGAGGCCAAGCUGGACUGUCUCACUGAUGAGAUUGAGUUCCUCAGGAGUAUCUAUGAUAUGGAGCUGCGUGAGCUGCAGGGCAAGAUUAAGGACACCUCUGUGGUGGUAGAGAUGGACAACAGCCGUAACCUGGACAUGGACUCCAUUGUCGCUGAAGUGCGUGCCCAGUACGAGGACAUCGCCAACCGCAGCAGAGCUGAGGCCGAGACCUGGUUCACACAGAAAUAUGAACAGAUGCAGGUGUCAGCCAGAAAGUAUGGGGACGACCUGAAAAACACCAAGGCAGAGAUCGCAGAUAUGAACCGUAAAAUAAUGAGAUAUCAGUCUCAAAUUGACAUGAUGAAGGGUCAGCGCAUCCACCUGGAGAACCAGAUUGCAAAUGCAGAGGAGCGCGGUGAGCUGGCGGUGAAGGACGCCAGGCUUCGCAUCAACGAUCUCGAGGUGGCCCUGCAGAGAGCCAAACAGGAUGUGACCAUACAAGUCCACCAGUACCAGGAGCUGAUGAACAUCAAGCUGGCCCUGGACAUUGAGAUUGCCACCUACAGGAAGCUGCUGGAGGGAGAGGAGAGCAGGCUGGUGACUGGAAUCAAGUCGGUCAGCAUCUCCAAGCAGUCUUCUUCAAUGAACUACAACUCUUACCCCCUGGAGAGCAGUCACACCACUAGCUACGUCCGGGGCUCAAUGGGCGGAUACAAGAGCAGCAGGACUUACAUCAGUGGUCAUGAGAACAGCCAUGUAGGCCACGGUUUUGACCUGCCUGGCAGUAUCAUCCUGGGAGCCACCAACAGUAUCCAGCUCUCUACCAGCAGAGACGUAGAUGCCAGCAUCAGCCUGGGAGGUAGCAAAGGCACCAGCAGAGAAGUGGAUUCCAGCAUCACCCUGGGAUGCAGCAAAGGCACCAGCAGAGAUAUGGAUUCCACUGUCACCCGAGGAGAUGAAUGAGGAGACUUCGUCAUCACAGGCGACCAUGGAAUUUGUUUAUUCUAUCUGUGACAGAUUUGUGCUUCCACAACCUACUUUUCAGCCUUUCUCUCACAUUCAUUUGACCUUUCUAGCCAGGUUAGUACAUCAUUUACCUGCCAACAGUGACCUAUCAAACAGGCUAAUUAGAUCCACCUGGAAUUACAGGCAGUCUAACUGUAACUUAAUUUUCCUAGCCACAAAUGGUCUGGUUUAAAGUGGUAAAUAUGAAGGGUUAUGUAUUCCUGAAAGGCCCCUGAAAGUCGACCCCUUAUGUCUAUUUGGCCUACUUGUGUGGUCUCGUUCACUGUCGAUGGAUGCUAUCCAUCUCAUUUGUCUGUCCACACCUGAGUCACCAGCAGGUGUCAUUGUAGCAGAUGUUUUUCUCUCUGCUUGCUCAGAGACCCAUUAAAGCACUAGGAGAACAAACAA